AUGAACGUAUUGAAGAGGAUGACUCGGAAGAUCCGAGAUGGCACAGAUCACGGCCUUUUCCACAAACUACGAAGUAAAUUCAGGCGGAAUCACGUAGGUUCCGAAUUUAACACCAGCAAUGGACUUUACAGCCCGGAUUUCAGAUUGUUCAGUCCAAGUGAUCCCAACGAACGGAUGGCUCCUAAUUAUACCGCUCAAACAUCUCAAAUGGAAACCGAAAAUUCUGGACAGAAUAGAGCCGAUGAGAUGAGAGAGCAGUUGCCACCCUCAAUUGUAGCCCAACUGAGUGCAUUGUCGGGGCUUCUAGAUCAAGUUAUUAUGACUACCGUGUCUGAUCUGAUUUCUAGAAGCAGACCGGCCCAGCUAGAGCCUGAUAUCAACUUGGAUGAAGAGGACUUGAUGGAUCAAAACUCUCUGGCGUACGGUAUUCAAAUGUCAACUAAUACAGGUUUAAAUUUACCUGUCUCGGAGAAUAUGAGUUUCGGACAAUUCAUCCACAACUUGAGAAAUGAUGAGUAUCUUCUGUCGCAAUUGGGUGAGCUUAUAGUACAACAAAGAGAAGCCAUUGUGCAAGGAACGUUCAAUGCUGAAGCAGAUAGGGACAGUGUCAACUUUCUCACUGCCUUCAGCUUCAACAAUGCCACCCGGUACACUUUAGGGGCAGGAGGUUUACAACGAUUGACCCCAAUUUUGAUCGUGGGUUUAGUUAGUGUUCCAUUUUUUGAAAACGGCACGUUUGAAGAGACCAAUAGAUCGUGGGUUGUCAUUGUAAUGUCUAAUAUCUAUCCUGCCAAUGACGCUGUUAUAAGAUCAAUGCCCACAUUCUUGGAUCUUUUGAGAAGUUAUGCUGCCGCUACGUCUACUGGGGAAUCGUCUAGCAAUCGAAACGUUGUUAACAUCUCGGUAGGACUUUCUGGAGAGAGUGGAGAUUCUGACUGGAAUAGUGAACAUUCAAGACGCCAAAUUGCCAGGUUUUUUGAGGCCAUGAUUCCUUCCAAAGGAAUUAAGAAGGAAGAUUUAGACAAAGAUACACAAGGGGUAUUUCGCAUCUCGAUACCGGUUACUGAUGACGAUAAUUCUUUUUACUCUACUAAAUCUCAUUUUGAAGAAACAACCACACCGUUUCCAACUAAAACCGUGCAACAUGACGAUAGUUGUCCGAUCUGUUUGAUUAAUUAUAAGAAUGGUGACUAUGGGCGUGCCCUAGUUGAUUGCAAGCACCAAUUUCACAGAGAAUGCAUAGAUCAAUGGUUGAUUCAGGGUGAAAAUGUCUGUCCUCUUUGUCGAGGAAAUGGAAUUGUGAUAUCCAAAACGUGA